CUCUGCCAGCGUCACUUUCUAAGCCGGCCAGCAGUGAGACUCCAUUCCUCAUUUUCACUCUGUUCUCUAACGUGCCUAAACCAACGCUAAAAUGAGCUACAGGAGGACCACCAUGCAGCAGAUACCCUCUUCCCACGUCUCUUUCACCCGCUCCGCACCCACUUACCGUGCUCUCAGCGUUCAUGCUGGUGCCGGUGGGAACAGUACCCGCAUUUCCAACCCCAGCUUGCGUUCUACUGCCCUCGCCAUCUCAUCUGGCCUCAAGGGGAGCGGUGGAAUGGGUGGAGGUAUGGGUGGUGGAAUGAAAGGUGCUGCUGGAUCCAUGGCAGCUAGUGGUGCAUCCAGUGGUGGGAUCCUGGGAAAUGAGAAGGGGGCCAUGCAGAACCUGAACGACCGCCUGGCCAACUACCUGGAGACAGUGAGGAACCUGGAGCAGGCCAACCAGGAGCUGGAGAAGAAGAUCAGGGAGGCCCUGGAAAAGGGGGGUCCUGACAUGAGAGACUACAGCAAGUACACCCCAAUCAUAGAUGACUUGCGCAGACAGAUCUUCGAUGAGACAGUGAACAAUGCUACAAUUGUGCUCCAGAUUGAUAAUGCCCGUUUGGCUGCUGAUGAUUUCAAAAUGAAGUAUGAUAAUGAGAUGGCCAUCCGCCAGUCUGUGGAGGCUGACAUUGCUGGGCUGAAGAAAGUCAUUGAUAACACCAACAUGGGAAGGAUGAACAUUGAGAGUGAGAUUGAAGCUGUGAAGGAGGAGCUGAUUUUCCUGAAGAAAAACCAUGAGAAUGAGGUGAUGGAGCUGAGGAAUCAGAUCUCCCAGUCUGGUGUGCAGGUGGACAUUGAUGCUCCGAAAGGUCAGGACCUGGCUCAGAUCAUGGAGGACAUCAGGGGCAACUAUGAGAAGAUGGCUGUGAAGAAUGCAGAGGAUCUCAAGCAAUGGCAUGAAAAUCAGAUUUCAGAUGUGCAGGUGCAGGUAACACAAAACACAGAGGCGCUCCAGGGGGCCCAAAUGGAGAUCAGCGACCUAUCCAGACAGAUCCAGACCCUAGAAAUCGAACUUGCGUCCCAACAGAGCUUGAAAGCCUCUUUGGAGGACACCUUACGCAACACUGAGAUGCGCACCAACAUGGAAAUGGAGAAGUACAACAACAUUAUACUUCGCCUGGAAGAGGAGCUGGCCAACCUGCGCAACAACAUCCAGCAGCAGGGCCAGGAGUAUGAGGCCCUGCUCAACAUGAAAAUGAAGCUGGAGGCUGAGAUUGCCACUUACAAGACCUUACUGGAUGGUGGAGACUUCAGGCUCCAAGAUGCAGUGGAUGAACUGGCGGCUGCAAGCUAAUUUGGGACAAAUGAUCCAGGCAACCAUCCCGACAAA